GUUGUUUAAAAAAAAGAUGAUGAUGAUGCAGGGUACGCAGUCUGUUCUGUGCAGCGAAAAAUACACAUUUCCGUCACGAACACAGAGCACGAACCACAAUCGCCGCGGAGAUCACCGCUCUUCCUCUGUAUCUCCGUCAAUCCAAACCUAUUAGCCCCGGUUCCGACUGGUAAAUUUUCCGGGUCAAUUUUGCAGCAGGUUCAGAGUGUGAUUCUUCACUUGGGGAUUUUGGGGGAUUUUGUUGGGAUUUCAAAUGAAAUGAAAAACCCGCUCAAGUUCCAAACCUUCGACUCAGUUCCUGCGUAGUGAAUAACCAUAAAGGGUACUCGGGAUUUUCUCUCAUGGCAAAGCGCGUGUACGAAGUUUGGAAAGGAAAGAAUAAAUUUAUUUUUGAUGGGAGGCUGAUAUUUGGACCAGAUGCUAGGUCACUGCUUGUCACGUUAUUGCUGAUUAUUGUUCCUGUUAUUAUUUUUUGUGUAUUUGUUGCGAGGCAUCUUCGACAUGCAUUUCCGCCACACAAUGCAGGAUAUGCUAUUCUGGUGGUAGCAAUUGUCUUUACUCUCAUUGUGUUGUUUCUUCUCUUCCUCACAUCAGCACGGGAUCCAGGAAUCGUUCCACCUAAUUCACAUCCACCAGAGGAAGACUUACGAUAUGAUACUUCUGCUGCAGUUGAUAUUGGAGGAAGACAAACACCUAGCCUUCAGUUUCCUCGAACAAAAGAUGUUAUGGUUAAUGGCAAUACCGUGCGAGUAAAGUACUGUGAGACUUGCAUGCUUUAUCGUCCUCCGCGUUGCUCCCAUUGUUCCAUCUGCAACAAUUGUGUAGAGCGUUUUGAUCACCAUUGCCCUUGGGUGGGACAAUGCAUUGGACUGCGCAACUAUCGUUACUUCUUUAUGUUCGUUUCUUCAGCAACCCUUCUCUGCAUCUAUGUGUUCUCCAUGUCAGCAGUGUAUAUUAAGGUUCUGAUGGAUGAUCAUAACAAUAGAACGGUCUGGAAAGCUAUCAAGGAAUCUCCGCCAUCUGUGAUACUCAUGGCCUAUUGUUUCAUUUCCCUCUGGUUUGUUGGUGGACUCACUGGGUUCCAUUUGUACCUCAUCGCAACAAACCAGACAACCUAUGAAAACUUUCGGUACAGAGCCGACAAUCGGCCCAAUGUUUACGAUCAAGGUUGUCCAAGUAACUUUAUUGAAGUAUUUUGCACAAAGAUAAAACCAUCUAGGAACAACUUCCGUGCUCUUGUGCAAGAGGUGCCACCACGGCCUAUUCUGCGAAGCACUCGUGAAGCAGAUCCAGAAGAUUUGGAGGGAGACCAGAACCCACGUUCAAAAGUUGAGGAUGAUCUGGACAUUGGCGAGGAUCUACUAAAGAUAUCUCAACGGCGCAAUAUUGAAGAAAUUGAUGAGGACAUUCGCAGUAGAGGGAGCAAUAAUGGCCCUCGUAAUACAUUAGAAGUUGAAUCUGUUCUUGGUUCAGGUCAUCGAGCUCCCACAACUCGAUCAGACACAAGUCACUCAAGUUGGGGAAGAAGCGGGAGCUGGGAAAUUGCUCCGGAAGUCCUUGCCAAUCCCACAGUCACGGAAAGCAGAAUCCAUAUCCCUCCAAAGGAAGCACGCCAAUGAUUUGAGUAGUUUGUAUAGUUGAUAGAAGGAUGGUUUUGCAUGCAAGGGUGAUGUGCAAUUACGUGGUUAUAUAUUCUUACAUAUGGAAGAUGUGCUGAUCAGAAAAUUGGAAUAUCCAUCCGUGGUUAUAGAGUCUCCCCCUAGCUGAAACAGCACUUGUAUUGCCCUGUUUCAUUUUUAGUUUUAUUUUUCUUGCCUUCUGGGUAUUUUUAGCUCUUUAUUUUCUUUGGGAAAGCAGUCAAUAGGAAUUUGUCUUUUAAUUGUUUGAGGAGAUAAGGAAAUAGUGUCUUUGCCAUUCCAUUCCAUUUUUUGUUCUGCUCUCUUUGUUUUCAAGUUUAUUGUCCUCUUUAUAAUGUUAUUGAAUGGUUUUUAUUGCCUUGGAUUGGCUUAUCUUCUUUUGCUUGUACCAUUGCUAUUUGUAGUAGCAUUUCUUAUUUGUUUGUUUUUUUUUUUUUUUAAGAAAGCACAAUUGUAUUA